AUGUUGCACAAUUCUUCAAAAAAUACUUCUUUUCCCAGCUCAUCACACCAACUUAAAAUUCCACGUCCAUUGACGACUCCUAACAAUCGACCAGAUAAAGUGAAUCCAAGAGGAAAAAGGCAUCCACCCAAGCCCACUUAUCUCAAAUCCCCUUACAUAGUCGGGGCUCUUGAUAUAACUACGCGGCUCUCACAGUCAGAUAAAAGUCUUUCUGAAUGGGUGUUCUCAACUCAAGGGGCGCCAAGUGACGAAGUAUUUAGGACAUGUGCUGGUGUAUCUGCACAGCGCUUUCACAUGGAAAGCUUUUUUACUGACUGUGAAUUAUUGUUUGCACCCAUUACUGUGACGAGCUUGUAUCUGGAAAACACUGCGUUGACAGCUGAAGCUCGCAAAUUCUUGUUUUUCUCCAAUCUAAGUGAUUGCAUUGAUGCUGAAGGCUUGACCCUACGUGAUGUUCGUUUGUUAUUCCUUCCGGUUGUCCGUGAUUUCCAUAUUUUCUUAUUUGUAAUUGACCUUCAGCAACCAUCCUUCACCAUUAUUGACAACAUCAGACAAGAUGAUACACACCAAGUUGCAUAUGGUAGUUUGCCCGAUCUCGUGCAUUCAUACAUGACUGAUUACAUGCGUUCAGUGCAACAUCACUUUUAUGAAACAUUUGCAAAUGUGCCCAUACAAAUACUUCAACUUCCAUGGGAAACAAUUAACAAUAGCACUGACUGUGGUGUCUUGACUAUGCGCCACAUGGAAACAUUCAUGGGUGGCAAUGUAAAGGCUUUUAAAGCUGGCUUCAAACCAGAAUCUGUUGCACAAAAGAAACAACUAGCUAAGCUAAGGAUCUUAUAUCUUUGCAAAAUCCUUACUUCAGACUUCAACUUGUUGAAAGCUUCAAUCCUUCAAGAAUCAGCAGAGUUCGAAAGCCUUCAUGGCUCUCAGAAACAAGAAAUCAUGAAUCGGGCAGCUACUACCAUUCAUGACCGACUACGCGAAUUUGGUUAA